AUGACUGAAGUGUGGGAUAUUUCUGUUGCUGACAGGGAAGGCCGCUCUAAUGCUCACAUUAAAGGAGAUUACCAAAGAAUUGGAGAUGUUAUGCUGAAGAACAUUCAGAGUAUGAAGCAACUGACAAUUCACCUGUGGAAGCACAAUGAGAUUUUAAUUGAGUUGGAGAAUGGGAUCAAGAACUCUCGCAAGCUGGAGAUGUUUUGCAGGGAUUUUGAGCUACAGAAAGUCUGCUACUUGCCUCUCAAUACCUUCCUCCUCAGACCUUUACACAGGCUUAUGCACUACAAGCAGAUAAUGGAAAGGCUUUGCAAACACUACCCACCAAGCCACAUAGACUUCAGGGAUUCAAGAGCUGCUUUGGCUGAGAUUUCUGAAAUGGUGGCUCAGCUCCAUGGCAAUAUGAUAAAGAUGGAGAACUUCCAGAAGCUUCAUGAACUCAAGAAAGACUUGAUAGGCAUGGACAAUCUGGUGAUCCCAGGAAGGGAGUUCAUUAGACUGGGCAGUCUUAGUAAGCUGUCUGGAAAAGGUUUACAGCAACGGAUGUUCUUUCUGUUUAACGAUAUCUUGUUGUACACAAGUAGAGGCCUGACAGCAUCAAAUCAGUUUAAAGUCCACGGGCAUCUUCCCCUGUAUGGCAUGACAAUAGAAGAAAGUGAAGAGGAAUGGGGGGUUCCACAUUGUCUGACACUGCGAGGUCAACAGCAGUCCAUCGUUGUUGCUGCAAGUACCCGUGCUGAGAUGGACAAAUGGACUGAGGACAUUCAGAUGGCAAUAGGCCUGGCAGAGAAGAGCAGUGGCCCUGCCCCGGAGUUACUGGCUAGCAGCCCACCUGACAACAAGUCUCCUGAUGAAACUCCUGUAGACCAGGAAUCUGAGGACGACCUCAGUGCAUCCCGCACCUCACUCGAACGUCAGUCACCACACCGUGGCAACACUACGGUGCACGUCUGCUGGCACAGAAAUACCAGUGUUUCAAUGGUCGACUUUAGUAUUGCUGUGGAGAACCAGCUGUCUGGAAAUCUCCUAAGAAAAUUCAAAAACAGCAACGGGUGGCAGAAGCUUUGGGUGGUGUUCACCAACUUCUGUAUGUUCUUCUAUAAAUCACACCAGGACAAUCAUCCCUUAGCCAGCCUUCCUUUACUGGGAUAUUCACUUACCAUUCCCUCUGAAUCUGAAAACAUUCACAAAGAUUACGUGUUCAAGCUACAUUUCAAAUCCCACGUGUACUACUUCAGGGCUGAAAGUGAAUACACAUUUGAAAGAUGGAUGGAAGUGAUCCGAAGUGCCACCAGCUCUGCCUCACGCACUCGAGCUCUGAGUCACAAAGAGCCUCACGCCUAUUGACGGCUGAACAAGCCGCCCCGUCCGUCUCCAGCAGCUGCUGAUUUUCUAGAGGACAUUGGAAACUCUUUUCUCCCUCCAAGUUUAGUAAAACUUACUAUUUGGUAAAAGAAAAGAAAAAAAUAAGUAUGGUUUUGCAGAAACUUUGACCAUCUCUCAGCAAAACUGUUUAAGUUCUCCGUGUGGUCAGACUAGCUUACCAUCACCCCAGUGGCUGCGGUUCGUUUCAUGUCUUGUAUUUUGUCAUUCUGUGCUGUUUUUAGCUUGUGCCAGUAUUAAAAUAUUGUCCUUAUUAGAGUGCCAAAUGCCAAAAGACAUUUUUGUUGCCUCUGAGAUUGCACCUAAAGAAAAAAAAAAAAUACUUCACAAUCUGAAAACUUUCUCCUCUGAGGCAAACACUAUUUCUUCUCUUUUCAUAAAAAUAUAUUAUUUUUUUUUACCAUGUUAAUUUGUAGACUGCUGGAUUUUUAAACGUAGGUGGACUUUCACAGUAUAGAAUCUAAUUAUAUAUACAGCAAGCAGUCUAACAGGAAUGAGAUAACCUUCAGAUUUCUUUUUUUUUUUUCCCCAGUCUUUCUACGUUUAAUCAGCAAGGAAUUACUAAUUUUCUAUCUUUAACAAGGAAACAGUUUACAGCUCAUUCUCAUGUCCCUUUGGGGUUACAAAUCCAUGUGGCAUAAAUAAAGUAUAGGAUUCCUAUCUAACCAUUUCCUUGGUGCAAAAUGACCAAACUGUUCAUCUGUUGGCUUUGAAAAGUGAAUACUACUUGCAAGAUGAAACAUUUUUAAAAUAAUCCAGUGCAAUAUUAUUCGGGCUGUUAAUGUGCUGUGAGUGGUAUGUACAAGAAGAAAUUAAAGGCUGUGGUGACA